AUGAUGAAGCUGACAAUCAGUAAAGUGACGGGAAGAGCUCGUCUUGGAGUCAUCACAAGUCUGGGACAGAACAGGGAGAAGUCUCUGGAGGUUCCCGGCUGUCUCCUGUACACCAAGACCGCAUCCCCACCCCAUCUCACCCACGAUACACUGCAGACCAUCGAAGGGGUCCCCCGGUCACUCAUCUUACACUCUCCUCGCUAGCUGAACACCAGGAGGUCCUGGAGGAGUACAAGGAUGGGAUUGGGAAGUUUGCUGGUCUGAGUGACACACUUCUGUAUUGUUCUGUCAGCGAUCCCGUCAGCUCCAGCCCAUCCGGAUACAACACCAACAAGACGGUAUCGGUGUGGGGAUCCGGAGGGCGAAUCGAGCUGACACCUCAGAAGUUCAUGUCGCUUCAUAGCUCUCUGAAGGUGGACUGGUUCCAGUGUCUGGCAGAUGGUGAGGUGAUGCCCGGUGGAUCCUCCAGGAAGAGGGCAAAGAAGUCGGUUGACCGCUCCCUGAACUUCUUGGAUGAAUGCCUGCAGCUACUGGCCAAAAAUGAUGUACUAAAGGAUAAGGUGGUGAUUGGAUCCAUUGAAGGAGGCGACCUCCUGGAGGAGAGGCUGAGAUCAGCACGGGAGACAGCGAAGAGGCCAGUGGGAGGAUUCCUACUGGAUGGAUUCCAGGGGACUGGGAUGACCCAGGAGACCAAACUGAACCUCCUCACGUCCGUAACGGCAGAGCUACCAGAGGAGAAGCCAAGGCUCAUCCAUGGUGUUGGCCAGCCAGGCGAGGUCCUAGACUGCGUCGAGCGCGGUGUGGAUCUGUUUGACAGCAGUUUCCCUUAUGAAGUGGCGGAGAGAGGCUGCGCCCUGACCUUCGAUCACCAGUAUGAGCCAGACCCGGAGACUGCAGUACUAGACAAGGCCGAGCUCUGCGAUGGUGAGAAGAACGGGGAAGAGAAGACAAAGAAUGAGGAACCAGAGAUCGACCGAUCCCAGAUCACCUCCUAUGAAAUCUGUCUGAAGGAGAAGAGGUUCCGGGAAGACUUCAGACCGCUGCUUCCAGGCUGUACGUGUUACUGUUGCCGCAACCACAGCCGGGCCUACGUCCACCACCUCCUGACCUCCAAAGAGUUACUGGCCGGCAUCUUGCUGAUCAUACACAACUUCCAGCAUUAUUUCAACUUCUUCCACUCUGUGCGGGGGGCUCUGAGAGACGGCAAGCUCCAUGUCCUCAAAGAGGCCAUCAAGAGACAGGUGUCCUGA